AAAGAACAGAAAGAGAGAAAGAAAGAAGAUUAUAAAGACUUUCUUUUCCUUCUUUUUAUUCUUUUUGGUGAUGUCAUACCUGAGGCCGCCAGAAUCCGGGAUAUGAAGUUAUUUUGCUUCAUGUCGGGAUGCAAAAUGAUUUCAAAUAGAUUAACCCAGGAGAUUCCUAAAUCUGUCAUGAUCAGUAACUGACUAUACAUUCUUAUAAAUAUUCAGUCAUUCUAGUUACUAGUCAACUAGUCCUUUUUACUAUCAGACCACCAGCCAUUCUUGAUUAGUGAGACUAAGUUUAAUUAAUUGAAUCAAUCUGUCUUUCUUCCACUGGUUCUCAUCCCUUUUUUUUUUUUCGAUUUUUUUUGUGGUACUCUCUCCUUCAUGGCUUCCUCUCGCUGGUGGUUACUGGUUCAAGCCAUCUUCUGGCGCGGUUUGAUGCGUGUGGGCAUGUUUCUCCAUAAUAUUCCAGUUCCCCGUCCUCCCAGAGCCUCGUUCUCCCGGUCCAUCCCGUGCUCCUCCUCCUCCUCCUCCUCCUCCUCCAAGGUCACCCUCCUCUUCUACUGCCCCCCCGACUACGACCGCGCACGCGGAGAUGGCCGCCGUCUGCCGGUCGUGGUCAACUUCCACGGCGGCGGGUUCACGCUAGGAGGCCCCUCCGACGACAGUCGCUGGGCCCAAUGCAUCGUGACGGACGUAGGCGCCGUAGUCGUGAGUGUAGGGUACCGUCGUGCCCCCGAGCAUCCGUUUCCGGCCGCCGUGGACGACGGCGUGGUGGCCCUGCAGUAUCUGGCUGCCCACGCCGCCGAACUGGGACUCGAUGUGUCGCGCAUCGCCAUCAGCGGGUUUUCCGCCGGCGCCAACCUCGCCGUCACCGUGCCCCUGCGGCUCCACGAGCUCGUCGUCGCCGCCGCCGCCCAGCAGCAGGAAGAACCAUCCUCAUCCUCAUCAACCACAUCCCUCCACCCGCUGCGCUGGCUGAACCGCGCCGAGUCCACCCAGCAUCUCGUCCACGACCACGACAACAUCCACAUCGUCGCCCUCUUCUGCUGGUACCCCAUCCUCGACUUCCACGAACCCCGCGAAUCCCGGCGCGCCAACAGCCUCAUGCCCGACAAGGCCCUCCCCGCCUUCUUCACCGAUCUGUUCGACGAGUCGUACCUCCCGGAUCUCGACGACCGCCGCUCCCCCUUUGCGUCGCCGCUCCAUGCUUCCGACGAGGCCCUCGCGCGCGCCCUGCCCCACGAUAUCUUCUUCUUCAUCUGCGAGUGGGACAUGCUCUUGAAUGAGGGCCAGGAAUUCGUGCGCCGCUUGCAGGCCAUCCACAAGCAUGUGCGCUCCAUGAUGAUCGAAAAGGCUCCGCAUGCCUGGGACAAAUCGCCCAAUCCGUUUCGGGAUCCGGGUCCGGUCAAUAUUCUCUAUAAAGAUGCUUGUGCCGAUAUGAAGGCUCUCUUUGCACAUUGAUUUGAUGACCCUCUUUCCGUUUUUUUUUUUGGGCUUUUUGGGCGUUCAUCUCAUCCAUCCCCUUUCUUUCUUAUUCUUAUUCUGACUAGUAUUACUAUUUUCUUUUCUUUUCUUUUCUUUUUUUUUUUUU